CCGGCCAGCCGCGGGCGGCGGGCGUGCGAGCGGCAGGCGCAGAGGACAGCGUGCGGUUGCAGGCAGGGGCCCCUGCUCGGCCGCCUCCUGGCCCCGCGGCCGCCUCUGGAAAAUGUCUCAGGAGAGGCCCACGUUCUACCGGCAGGAGCUGAACAAGACCAUCUGGGAGGUGCCCGAGCGAUACCAGAACCUGUCCCCGGUGGGCUCGGGUGCCUAUGGCUCGGUGUGUGCUGCCUUUGACACAAAGACGGGCCACCGUGUGGCAGUGAAGAAACUCUCGAGACCCUUCCAGUCCAUCAUUCAUGCCAAAAGGACCUACAGGGAGCUGCGCCUGCUCAAGCACAUGAAGCAUGAGAACGUCAUCGGUCUGCUGGAUGUGUUUACACCUGCAAGGUCCCUGGAGGAAUUCAAUGAUGUGUACCUGGUAACCCAUCUCAUGGGGGCAGACCUGAACAACAUCGUAAAGUGUCAGAAACUUACUGAUGACCACGUUCAGUUCCUUAUCUACCAGAUCCUCAGAGGCCUGAAGUAUAUACAUUCAGCUGACAUAAUUCACAGGGACCUAAAACCUAGUAACCUAGCUGUGAACGAAGACUGUGAGCUGAAGAUUCUGGAUUUCGGACUUGCUCGGCACACUGAUGACGAAAUGACAGGCUAUGUGGCUACCAGGUGGUACAGAGCUCCUGAGAUCAUGCUGAACUGGAUGCACUACAACCAGACAGUGGAUAUUUGGUCCGUGGGCUGCAUCAUGGCUGAGCUGUUGACCGGAAGAACGCUGUUUCCUGGUACAGACCAUAUUAACCAGCUUCAGCAGAUAAUGCGUCUGACGGGGACACCCCCUGCUUAUCUCAUUAACAGGAUGCCAAGCCAUGAGGCAAGAAACUACAUUCAGUCCCUGGCCCAGAUGCCGAAGAUGAACUUUGCAAAUGUGUUUAUUGGUGCCAACCCCCUGGCUGUGGACCUGCUGGAGAAGAUGCUCGUUUUGGACUCAGAUAAGAGAAUCACAGCGGCCCAAGCCCUUGCACAUGCCUACUUUGCUCAGUAUCAUGACCCUGAUGAUGAGCCUGUGGCCGACCCUUACGACCAGUCUUUUGAAAGCAGGGACCUCCUUAUAGAUGAGUGGAAAAGCCUGACCUACGAUGAAGUCAUCAGCUUUGUGCCACCACCCCUUGACCAAGAAGAAAUGGAAUCCUGAACACCUGGUUUCUUCUGUGUCGAUCCCACUUCACUGUGAGGGGAAGCCUUUUCAUGGGAACUCUCCAAAUAUCAUUCAAGUGCCUCUUGUUGAAAGAUUCCUUCAUGGUGGAAAGGGGUGCACGUGUGUGCAGUGUGUGUGUGUGUGUGUGUGUGUGUGUGACAGAGAGAGAGAGAGAGAGAGAGAGAGAGUGUGUGUGUGUGUUUCUGUCUGUCUGUCUGUGUGGCUGAAGUGAGUUCAUGCUGAAUGCUCCAUGGCAGCCUCUGCCCACUUCUCAGAGUCUGGGCAGGCAGAUGGGAACUGCUGUCAUUAGGGAUAUAUGAAGUGCAGAGUAAGAAAUUUUAAGAUAUCCCUGUUCCUAGUUAUACUUUUGCCACUCUGGCUUCUCCCGUGGCACUGCCUUUACCACACACCACAGUGGUACAGAGUCCAUCCCCCUGCCAUGCAUACAGCUGAAGAGGACCAACUGGCUCCUGAGCUCUAGCCUAUGAUUGGCUUGCUUUUGAUGGUCCUCAGAGCCUGACAGGUGUGUUCAAAGCCGUCAGUCUGUUUGUGCCUUAAACGGAGAAGGACGCAUAGGUAGCUAGAGAACCACAGCUGCCGAUGUUCUGAGCCAGAUGAAUGCACAGAGCUGAUGAGUAGCUGGGGUUGAGCUGGAAGAAACAAGGUAGCCUUCAGAGAGGCUGUGUGUGCGCGCACGCAUAUAAAGAGUGUACAUGCAUGCAUGUGUGUAUGCGUGGCCACCCUGCAGCCUUCAGGGAAGCCGUAGCCGUGUGUGUGUGUGUGUGUGUGAGUGUGUGUGUGUGUGUGUGUGUGUGUGUGUGUGUGUGUAUGUCUGUCUGUCCGCCUUCCCUCUCCCAGGAGCAAGCGGAAUCUAUGCUUACCCUUCACCUCAGUGCAGAGGUCCCCAGUGGCAGGCACAAGUUAUUGCCAUCAGCCGCUUCCUAUGUGCUCUUCACAUCCGACAGAGUGCGGGUGUGUUUGCAUGCUCUUGGAGCUUCCACAGCCCCUUGUCUGUCCUCUUCCGGAAGUCCUGGGACUACCAGGUGUGUGGGGACUUCCUGGCAGUUCCAGUCCGAGUUGCCUCAGCCGAUGCCUUGGGCACGCUACUGCCUCCUCACUCCAGCGUUACUUUGUGUUGAACACAGCUGAUUCUCCAGGUGCUUGUGAUGCAAGGAGAAACAGGGUGGACAGAGCGCCUGAACUUUUGCCAUCUGACUGUCAUCAAUUCAUAGGGAAGAGGCCUCUCCUAAGAAUGUCCCAGCUCUGGAAAUCAUGCUCCCCUCACUUGUAGUAACCAGCUAAGGAAUGCUGAACCAAAGUGAGGAACAAAGGCUCGUGAGGCAGGACUCCCUCCACUGUCUUUCUCAAAAUAGGGUUAUUAAGAAAAAAACCAGGCACCAGCGGCGCCUUUGCUCAGAAGGGUCCUCCCGGCAGCUUGACACUGACUGGUUCUCCGUCUUGGUGUUGAUUUGGGGAGAAAUCAAUUUUGUCUUGGAAUUUUGUAUGUUGUGGGAAUCCUUAGAGAAUGUGAUUCCUUCUGAUGGGGAGAAAGGGCAAAUUAUUUUAAUGUUUUGUAUUUUCACCUUUUUAAAGAUGAAAUCCUCAGGGGUGAAGAACUGUUUGCAUAAUUUUCUGAAUUUCAGGCACUUUGUGCUAUAAGGACCCAUAUAUUUAAGCCUUUUGUGUAGUAAGAAAAUGAAAAGCCAAUUCCAGUGUUGGCCGUGACAGGUCUCGUAUUUAGGUCAAGGUGUCCCCAUUCUCUAUCCGUGCAGGGCAUGCAUGCUCCGGGCGGGAAGGGUAGGACCCUGAUUCAUAGGGAGCCAAGAAGGAUGCAGGUUGGCCAACCAUUGCCACCUCAGGAUGCAGUUUAGCCCUUUACCACCCCCACAAGAUGCAUUCUAGUGGCCAUGUCUGGUUAUGAAGGCAAAUCUGAUUUCCGACAGAAUUCUGCUUGGAUUAUUUUAUUGACGUUGUCUUUGCACAUGUGACCAUGCUGUGUUAAGAGGCCCUGCUCCAGGGCCUGGACUCUCUGGAGCUGACAGAAGAGCUCCCAGCAUCCACAGUGAAAUGCUGCCAUCUCCCAGUUUCUCUAUCAAAAGACAAGGGAAUGAGGGAACUGCUGUUUUGUUUGUAUUCAUGAACUUGGCUGUAGUCCCAUAUGCCAUAGGAUGUCAGACAAUACCACUGGUUAAAAUAAAACCUAUUUUUCAAAUUCA